UUUCGCCACUUUUUCUGCACAGAAACCUGAUCUACAUGAAAAGAGCAUCCAGGAAAAAGUUGAAGUCCAAGCUGACCCAUGUGGACACACUUUUAUCCAUGAUGGAGAAGAAACAGCACGACCUGGCCCACUGCACGCCAGGACAGUAUCUGACCAUCUCACACAUCGGCUUCUACGUUAGCAAAGAUGACUCGCCGCCCGCCUCCGUGCGCGUGGAGACGACGCUGAAGAAGCUGUGCCACAAGCGGCGCAAGGAGGGCGCCGCUCCCGUCGUCACGACGUCGUUCGGCACCAACGAGGUGGUGGUGAACCCCAGCGAGGCGUCGGCGCCGCCCACUGUGCCCACCUCCUGCAUACCAGCCGAGAGCUUCUCCACGCAGAACGGCAGCGGCCCAAAGACGUUCGUGCUGGCGGUGCGCGUGUUUCCCCUGCCCGGCAACCGGGAGAACGAGGAGCCGAACCCGAAGCGGCGCAAGGUGGGGCGCGCCUCGUCGUCCGCGUCCGCGGCGGCGGCGUCGUCGUCGGAGCAGCUGCGCGCCGAGCUGGCGGUGACGGAUCGCGCCGGCCGCUGCCUGCUCUCCGACGGCGAGUACGACGUGCUGCUGACGGCCGAGGAGCCGCCGGCCCGCGAGACGCGCGCCGGCGCCGGCAGCCCGCGCAAGACCUCCUGGGAGAGCUUCGACGACGGCAAGGCUCCCGUACCACUCGACUCAUUCCAGUCAGCUCCCACGCUGAAGCUGCGGUUGGCCUGGACCAAUCAGAUGCCGCAGCCGACCGUCGAGAGGCCCCGCCCACUGCAGCCGCGGGACACCAAUCAGAUGGCGGCCGGCACCAAGAGGGGGCGGAGCAAAAAGGAAGAGUCGAGCAGCAGCGCCAAUAGCCGCGAGAGCUGGUCGGUGGACAAGGAGAAGCCGACGGGCGUGGAGCCGGCCUCGCCGCCGCCCCCGCCGCUCAUCCUCUACCAGUUCAUCUACGGGCCGGCGUCGCGCCAGCAGACGGAGGCCCGCCAGGACCUGCUCUGCCCCUGGUGCUCGCUCAACUGCCACAAGCUGUACCCGCUGCUGAAGCACCUGCAGCUGUGUCACGCGCGCUUCACCUUCUGCUACACGCCGUUCGCACGCGGCGCGCGCAUCGACGUGUCGCUGAACGAGUCGUACGACAGCUCGUACGCGGGCAACCCGCUGGACCUGGCGCGGCCGCCGACGGGCCGCUCGGGGCCCGGCCGCCGCACGCCCUCCACCAGCGUGCUGGUGUGCCGGCCGCGCCGCCAGAAGCCCAGCCUGGCCGAGUUCCAGCAGAGUGAGACGGAGGAGCGGAUGCGGCCGUUCGUGACCGGCCACAACCGGAUGUAUCACCGGACGGCCACCAACCUAGCCAUCCCGCCGGCCGAGCUGGCCUACGACUCGGAGGGCGAGCACGAUCACACGUGGCUGCGGACCAAGACGCGGCGCAUGAUCUACGAGUUCAGCGACGUCAACGAGGGCGAGAAGGCGCUCAUGGUCAUGUGGAACCUGCACGUGAUGAAGUACAAUUUCGUGGGCGACCUCCAGAUGCCCGCCGCGCUUAGCCUCUUCAUCGAACAGCACGGCGCCACCAUCGUCAACCGCAACCUCUACCGCAACUUCGUGCUGCACCUCUCCUCGUUGUACGACUUCGGCGUCAUCUCGCCCGGGCACAUACACCGGGCGAUCCAGCAGUUCCAGGAGCUGGUGGAGCGCGACGGCCUGUUGACCUCCACGCUCGUCAACAAUCUGCUGGGGGCCACCACCUGACCUGCGGCUGACGCCGGCGCGGCCCGCUGCCACCGCCGCCCCCGCCCGGG